AUGAGGAACUGUGGCAGCACACUAGCCACAGAUGGCAAGCAACCCACACGUCUGUCCCGCCACACUCUCAGGGUCCCCACUCUGACCAUUGGCUGCCUGCAGCCCCAGACCUGUCAGCCCAGGGGCCCUGGCAAGUGGAACGCCAGGUCCUGCUCUCACUGCACGGAGGAGACAAAGAGGAAAGCAACGGCUGCCCCUGGUGUGGACAGGAUCCAUGUAAGCUUCCUUAAAGUUGUCAUUUCUAAGUUAGAGCCUUGUAAAGAGCCCGAACAGCAGAGGAAGCCCUUUAUUGGAUGUCUGAGCUUCAAAGCAAUUGAUGAGAGUCUGAGGAGUCAUUCUGAGCAAAGGGGAUGCUCAGGGACCGUAUGGGUAAUGAAAGAUCCAAACAGCAAGGUCCCCAGAGGCCCUGGGUUUGUCACAUAUGCCCCUGUGGAGGAGGAGGCUGCAGCCAUGAAUGCAAGGCCAAAAGAAGUGGAUGGAAGAGUUGUGGAACAACAGAAGGCUGUCUCAAAAGAAGAUUCUCAAGGACCUUGUUCCCACUUAACUGUGAAAAAGAGACUUGUCAGUGGUAUUAAAGAAGACACUGACAAACAUCACCUAAGAGAUUAUUUUGAACAAUAUGAGAACAUUGAAGUGAUUGGAAUCAUGACUGACCAAGGCAGUGGCAAAAAGAGAUUUUCUCUUGUAACCUUUGAUGAUCAUGCCUCUGUAGACGAGAUUGUCUUUCAGAAAUACCAUACUGUAAAUGGCCACAACUAUGAGGUGAGGAAAGCCCUAUUUAAGCAAGAGAUGGCUAGUGCUUCAUACAGCCAAAAAGGCUGAAGUGGUUCUGAAAACUUCGGAGGAGGUUGUAGAGGUGGUUUUAGUGGGAGAGACAACUUUGGUCACGGAGGAAAGUUCAGUGGUCGAGGUGGCUUUGGUGGCAGCUGUGGUGGUGGUAGAUACGGUGGCAGUGAGUAUAAUGGACUUUGUAAUGAUGGUAGUUAUGGAGGAAGCAGCCCUGGUUACUCUGAAGGAAGCAGAGGCUAUGGAAGUGGUAGACAGGGUUAUGGAAACCGGGGCAGUGGUGGCACCUAUGACAGCCAUAACAGAGGAGGAGGUGGCUUUGGCAAUGGUAGUAGAAGCGACUUGGGAGGUAGUAGAAGCUACAAUGAUUUUGGCAAUUAUAAUCAAUCUUCAAAUUUGGGAUCCAUGAAAGGAAAAAACUUUGGAGGCAGAAGCGCUGGCCCCUGUGGUGGUGGAGGACAGCACCCUGCUACACCAGAAAACCAAGCUGGCUGUGGCAGUUCCGGCAGCAGCAGUAGCUAUGGCGGUGGCAGGAGGUUUGAACAAAGCAGAGCAGGAGGGGAGAGCCAGAGCAGUGACAGGAAAGCUGCAGGUCCGACAGAGUUGUACACUCAGCCAAGCACAGUGGCAGAGCAUAGCUGCUAUGAAGAAGACAUGUUUUAG